GGAACGGGAAACCCGUAAAACCUCGCGCUCUUCGUUCCCUCUUCGCCUUCUGAUGCAACGGCAUUUUCUUUGUUCCAUGGCACUCGGCGUGUGCAGAUUUUUUCGAUGAGCCAUUGCAAGGCGACAUUGAGACAUUAUCACUCCAUACUCGAAAACAAGCGGGUCUAUUUAUAUGUAACUACUGCACGUACACAUAUGUGACCAAGAGUUUGAGACAAGCUCAGACAGAGACGAGUAUGUUUGCCAGGUUUUUACGGCAGAAAUGCGAGGAUCACUACGAGGAUCGACAUCCAAAUACGGAUGUUUGCAUUUCAGCGGGAUCUAAUUGUGUACCGACACCCCUUCUGAGGGAUGGAAGCGGCAUCGUUGCAGCCUAAGAUCUUUUCGUGGACCGAACAGCAAAGACAAAGGUGGAAGACACAAGAGCACGUCUCGGAGCUGAGUGUGCGGAUUCAGACAGAGUCUCAGUCGCUUCUGCUGCCUGUUUGCUCAAACAGCGGAAUCUUCUUUCCAACAGAGUCUCUUUCGUCCCAUGCGCAGAGUAAUAGUCCUGUAGACACCGCGAGGGUUUCCCGUCUUUCUCUCUCUGAAUCUCGUAACGGCUUUUCGGCUGGGCGCUUCGGAUCUUUCGGCACUCGUAGCUGACGAAACGAGUUCCACCCGGUUGUCCGUAGACAGUCGCAGGUGUAUCCUUCGGAUACUUUCGGACGGCGGCGUUUGCUGCAUCGAGUUGUUCUGCUGCGAAGUGCACGGCACUCUGUUCUAUAAGAAGCGCCGAUGGUCCUCAACGUGUAUCUUCUGAUUCGAAUCCCUCUCACGCCUUUACGGGAUUCUCCCCGUUAUGCAACACUCGAAACGGCCCUGGGCAGAUCUGGAUGACCCAUGUGUACUGUAGAGUCGAUGUGCUGGAGUUCUGGUCGGUUUUUUCCGUUCACAAGAUCGGAGAAGCGUUCUUCUCCAGUCUAAUGCAGCCUUCCGAAGACGGUGCCUCGGGCCUGCUUAGCCGUUGCGUGUGUCCAGUGCGAGAGCAGUGUGAUCCCCGGGCUUCCAUGGCUUGCUCCCAGAGUGCGGCAGGAGUCGUCGACCCCGACGCCUCGUUCUGGAAAAGCAGAGACAUGUUGUUCUCGGAAAUCUCUCGUCCCCACUCCUUCGCCUGCCCCCGCCGCGAUGACCGAUGUCUCCAUCACUGCAGCUGCCGUAACUGCCCUUGCACCUCGUCCGUCUGCGACGAAAACAGCGUUCACGCAGCCGCCGAGGCGUCGGCGCCGGAUGAGACGCAACAGCUAAAGGGGGACUGGACAGGCUGCAACGAACCGGCAUGCGUCUCCUCUCUCGCCAGCAAUCCGCGUCUCUUUUCCCCUCUUGCAGCGGGGCGCGGCGAAGGGUUUGGUGACAAAGGGUCUGGGGACGAAGGAUUUGGGGCGAGCAGGCCCCAGGGUUGCCGGAAAGGACCCUCUGCGUUUGUGAACCAUCGUCGCUGCCAUUGCAGCUGCGGCACCGGUAUGAGACCGUGUCAGUUGGACCAACUGCGACAAUGCAAGGCAGCUAGGCAGCGGCCUAACUCGAAUAACCUCGAAGCCACGCCGAGCGACGCACCCAACCCGCCUGACCCGGGCGCGCCAGUUAGGUCGGAGCGAUUACUCGCCGCCGCCCUCCCACUGAGCCUGCCUGGCAGCUCACGCCGGGGGCCUGGAAGCUAUUCGUGGAAUUUUUGCCGCCCUUGUAGAUGCCGUUAUUGCGGAGAGCGGUCGCUGCCGCGCAGACGCUCUUCCGCGUCUGAGCCGCGCCAGCCUUCCUCCGUUUCGGCCGCUCCUGCCCAGCGGCCGUCGCGGAGUCGCAGGAGCCUCUCACCAGCUUUUGUGUUGUAUCCGCCGCAUCACCCGCCGUGCCUCACGACAGCCUCGGCGGCGCGGCUGCUCGAGCUUGUGAGGAAUGGGGGCCCGAGUGACCGGUGCGCUGUGGACAUUGGCGGCACUCUCGCGAAAGUCGUUUUUGUCACGAAGUCUGGGGCCACGGGUGACUCCUGCGCCUCAGAUCGAUAUCAGACGCCAAAGAUAACGUCCAAGUGUUGGCGGCAUGCAGAGCAACUGUCGCCCACCCUUGGGGCCCAGAGACGUGAGCUAAACUCACUCGCAACCGGAACGACGGAUGUCCCCCAAACGCCAGCGGGCGAUACGCAGGACUCCGGGACGGGUUUCAGUGCGAAGAGGCAGUUUCGUGGUCGAAGCGAUUCCGACAUUGACACUGUAGACCAUCACGAGGGAUCGUCCGCGACUUCUGCUUCAAAAAAACCACACGCGAAUGAGGCCUGUUGUGAAGAUCGCGAAAGCCCCAGGACUCGGGCACCUUCUUCUGCGAUUCAAGAGAGCGCACCGGUACCGGCGUGUGCGAGAGCCAAUGAACCCGGAGGCUCGCUUGACCAGUCUGAAGUCGCAGCUUCAUUCGUGCAACGUUCUUUAGGAAAGACUGCGGAUUUCCUCUGUCAGCGAACGCCGUGCACAGUUGCGGCCCCGCGUUUGUCAACAGCUUCACCUGACCCUGCGCUUCACAGUUUUCCGGGUGAUUCGGCCGCAGACGAAGGCCACAGAAUGCCGCUGCAUGCCGAGCUUGAACCUCCCGUCUCUGAAAAUGUGCCGGGACACACUCCGGACUUGACUGGCGGCCGGAGGCGUCAGUGUGUCCGGUGCCACUGUCGAAGCGAUCGAAAAGCACGAGCGUCUCUGACAAUCAGAGCAACUCCGGAGCAUGUCAUCAGGUUCACGUACUUCCACACGAAGGACGUUUCAUCGCUCUUGCAUUUUCUAAAAGCAAACGGAUUCGCACAGCCUGGAGUUGUGUUGAGAGCGACAGGUGGUGGCGCACACAAGUUCAGUGCGCUCUUUCUGGAGAGACUUGGUGUACAGUUGAAGAAGCUCGAUGAAAUGGAAAGCAUCAUGAAAGGGCUGGUCUGCUUAGCCUCCUCGACCGAUUCAGUGUUCCGUUUCGACUUGCAGAAGAAGCAACGAAUUCAUGUGCACGUGACAACGCCCCUUUAUCCCUUUCUCGUUGUCAAUAUUGGCUCUGGCGUCUCGAUUUUGAAGGCGACCAGUCCGUCUUCGUUCGUCCGUGUCACUGGCACGUGCAUCGGUGGUGGCACGGUUUUGGGUCUGGCGAGGCUCCUGUUUCACGCGAAGACCUUCAAGCAAGUUGUGAAGCUGUCCCAGAGAGGGACGGAUUUGCUGGACCUCAAAGUUGGCGAUUUGUUCGGAGACGCUGCAGGCAGUCGGUGUCUGCCCGCGGACACCCUUGCAAGCAGCUUCGGGCGUCUGUAUCUCAUGACAUCCCAGGAAGACGGAAAUCUUCUGAGAAAGAAUUUGAGGAAAGAGGACGUUGCCAGGAGCUUGAUCCACAUGGUUAGCUACAAUCUUGGCUACCUUGCGUACCUUGUUGGGACUGCCCAUGGUGUUCGAAGAAUUUUCUUCGCCGGCAAAUACAUCAACAAUCACGAGUUCACGAUGGAGUCCAUCACACACGGCGUCAACUUCUACAUGCGUCAGUACGAUGCAGCGGCGCAGUCCGUGUCUAUUCCGGCGUCUCUUCAGCCGGUCGAUCCUUCCUGCUCUCGCAACUUAUCGUCAGUCUUAUCGUGUUCCUCGCCAUGUGGGACAGCUGUCCCAGUGACAAAUCAUGAGUUUCAGAAGGAAACCGAGGAAAUUGGCCGCGCGCCUGUUGAGAGUGGGCGGGAUGGACACCUGUCAGCGCCUCGGCUUCUGCUCAGCUGGGUACAGGCAACAGAAACGGAAAAUAAAAUAUUUUGCUGCUCCAGAUAUGCGCGCAGGAUUCACAAGAAGGGUGCCAGAAGUAAAUCGGCGCCACCAGCGUUGGGCACAGGACGCAGUGCCGGUGGCGGUCAACCACAUGCAGUUCCUGAUGUUUGUGUCCUGGGUGAUAACAAUCGCCUCCCCUCAUUUCCACCAGAUGCUGACUUCAGGCGACAAGAGUCGGAGUCACAUUCACCUCUCGGCUGUGGGCAUUCUUUGUGCAACCAUUCUCACUGGCAACCGCCGUACGAAAAGGUUUUCACAGGAGUGGAUAAAAGCCACGAAACAACCUGUAUGCUGGAGCCUGAACGAGGCAGUCCUGGAGAGAGAGCCGGAAAGGGGUGUAUCGCAAGGUCACAGGCGCAUGUGCUGGCAAGACGCGGGGGAGCGAGCAGCACACAAACUAGGCAGUCUGCCAACCAAAGGUUGUCCAUAUCGUCCCAGGAAAAUACCCUGCCAUAUUCUCCCUUCUUUUCAAGCGGGCAAUCCACCCACGAAGCCCAAGAGCAAGAUUCUAACAUCAACUCAGAGCCUUCAGCAGCAGCGGAGGCGAGCGCGGGAAGUGCGGCCACUCGACAGGGGCCAGUGACACGAAACGACCGAACGACACAGCGUGUGUUGCCGACAGGCUCAAAGGCCUGGCCUCAGCCACCACCGUUUGAGGUAUUGUUUCUUCGACAUGAUGGCUACUUGGGGGCGCUUGGAGCUCUGGUUGCUGCCGACGAAUGCCCCGUGGAAACAUCCCGCUGCUAGACAAGGGGAAGUUGCGUCGUUUGCCAUCAUUCGAGUUCAUUCGAGACCCUUGUCUCACGUUCUCGUCUGCAGUGCUAACCCAGAGGCAAACGUAGUAGCAAAUAGCAAUUGCGACAGGCGCCUCGCGCAGUUUGUGGUGUGAUGUAGACUUGGAGCGCCAUGCCAUAAGCCACAUGAUGGGCAUCUGUCCGGCCGUUGUCUUUAGCCGCAUUGUAUCCAUCGAGGUUUUGAUCAGUUUUUUGACUUAAUCAGUCUUCGGAUAUUCCAAGCAAAAAGUACUGUACGAUCAAGCUAUUGCUAGUUAUAUUCAGUCACAUGUCUGCUUCUCCUUCAUAGUCAUCGGCGCCCUUCGUCUCAUUACGUUUGUAAGGGGUACAGCAAUGUACUUGCAGCCGAGUUUACUGCCCGCGUGACCACUGCAUAAUUUUGUCGUUGAACGGUGAAGCCACUCGCGUCGAAUAAGCCUACAAAUGGUUUUGAAGAUUGCCGUUAGGAUAUAUUGCAGCCAAUUCAUCGUUCUUACAGGGAUGUCGUCACAGUCCUGGCCUCAUCGGGAUCGAGACAAAUGCGUAGUCAGUUUGCUCUCAGUGGAACUCAAAGACUUUAUCCGAUCGGUGAGGAGGUGGCGUUAUUGUCAUUCGGACAGACAACGCGUUUCGUGUCGGAUGGAUGUAUGACACAAUUCUGUGUACUUUGGUUUGCUUUUGAGGAUGCAAGAAGCUCCAGGUUGUUUCAAGGUUACUGUCGCAUCGCGUGCCAUUGCGCGGGCUGUGUGGGAGAUGUCUCGCAGUCUGGACGGCACACUGUCUUUUCCUAGUUCUCCCGAGGUGUCGUCAUCGUUUGUCGAACUUGUUUGUUGGACGAUUCCGAUGUGAGCCGUUCAUUCCCGUGGCAGGGAACUCCUGCUGCGGUCGUGUACCCUUGUUCCUUGUUGUGACCCCUCCGUUCUGUGUACUCUCCGUCGAGCUUCGUUGAUGAGAAGGCCUGUCGCAGUCGUCCGCCUCAGAAUUAAAGGUCUGGCGUUGCUAAAGGGGCAGUUCUGUUCUGUCGGAUCAUGAAUUGUCCGGGCUACUCCAUGUUUACGUCUAACUCGUAAUAUGCUAUGUUUCGUCGAAAUGCGGUCGCAGAUGCUGUACGUGGGUGAGCAGCACACUGGAUCCGGUUUCUUCGUAUGAAGGGAGAGG